AGCAAGUGGAGAAGGGGAAAGAGGCUGGUCUGAGGGCUUUAUAAACGUCCGAUACAUCCGCGCUUCAGUUGCACGUAGUAAAUAACCAAAUCUUUGUUAUAGUGAAGAAAUAGUACUGAGGCGAUUUGCAAACCAUUUAAAUAGUGUUUAGGACUUGUUGUGGCUGAUCACCAGUGGACAAUCAAGCUUUACAGGUUUCCUCAAUUGAAAGACAUGGAUGAUAUCCAGGUUGCGUCAAAAGCACCCCUGCUUGUUGACAGGGAAUUGCCAGGGUUGAGAGAGGCUGUAGCACAACUCGUGAUAAAGGAGCACAAUGUAGAGACUCCCCAUGGAAGGGUCCACUGCACCAUGAAGGGGGUGCCCAAAGGAGAUCGCCCCGUCAUCCUCACCUUCCAUGACAUUGGACUGAACCACAAGACGUGCUUUGACUCCAUGUUCCAGCAUGAGGACAUGCAGGAGAUCAUGCAGCACUUUGCUGUGUGCCAUGUCGAUGCCCCUGGACAGCACGAGGGGGCCAGCACCUUCUCUACCGGGUACGAGUACCCCUCCAUGGAUCUGCUGUCUGAGUCUCUCCCCCUGGUCCUCAAGCAUUUUGGUCUGAAGAGCGUCAUUGGAAUGGCCGUCGGAGCUGGAGCCUACAUCCUUGCAAGAUUCGCUCUGGACUACCCCACAUUGGUGGAAGGCCUGGUUCUGAUUAAUAUCAACCCCUGUGCUGAGGGCUGGAUGGACUGGGCUACAAACAAGGUCACUCCUUUGCCUGACAUGCUCAUCGGCCAUCUCUUCGGAAAGGAGGAAAUCUCCAACAACCAUGACCUUAUCGCCACCUACCGCCAUCACAUCAUGAAUGACAUGAACCAAUACAACCUUCAACACUUUGUUAAGGCUUACAACAGCCGGCGGGAUCUGGAGAUUGAGAGGCCCAUUCCUGGUGGAAAAGUCACUGUCAGAACCCUGACGUGUCCUUCUCUGUUGGUGGUAGGAGACAGCUCUCCGGCCGUUGACGCUGUGGUAGAGUGCAAUACUAAGCUGGACCCAACAAAGACCACAUUGCUGAAGAUGGCUGAUUGUGGAGGCCUGCCCAUGGUUGACCAGCCUGCAAAGCUGACAGAGGCCUUCAAGUACUUCAUUCAGGGAAUGGGCUACAUGCCUGCUGCCAGCAUGACCAGACUGGUCCGCUCUCGCACGGCGUCCGGAUCCAGCAUCCACUCCAUGGAAGGCAACAGGAGCCGUUCUCACACCAACGAGGGAAACCGAAGCCGGUCUCACACCAACGAGGGAAACCGAAGCCGGUCUCACACCAACGAGAAGCGUGGCCGCUCCCAUACAGACAGUAUGGAAGGCACAGCAAACAGCAGCGCUGCUCUCAAGUCCACCGAAGUGUCCUGCUAGACGACCCUUACCCUCGACAUUUAACCUCCAGCCCUCUGGUUCCUGCUGCACUGCCACUAACCACUCUCUCUCUCUCUCUCUCUCACACACACACACACACACACACACACACACACACACACACACACACACACACACACACACACACACACACACAAUUCCAUUCAAUGCAAAGAGUUGUUUUUGUAUACUACGGCAUAAUAAAGGAAAUUCUGUAGAGGAAAAAAAAAAACUGAAAUUAACUGAUCCCUUCCCAAUUGCAGAGUCCAGUGGAAUAUCUAGGUGUUAGGGGCAACAGCUGAGCUACACCGCAACAGAGAAUGUGGGAGAAAGCUGUUGCUGCAGAGCGAGUACCUAGUACACCAGUUUGUACAUUUUUCUUUUAAAUCUCUCAUAAGGAUUUUUUUGUUUGUUUGUAGUGUUUUAUCACAUCUGACACAGUUUUCUUAAAUACGUACCUGACUGUAAAUGAGUGCUUCUUUCUGUUCUCAUUGUCAUUGUUCAUGAACUUUUCAGUGUUAUAAUUCAUGUUCUGUGUGAUAUAGGAUAGACAGUGUUAGGCCUAGAUGUGGAGAAAGACAAGGAGGCAAGUGGAUAAAGUUUUUUUGCUCAAAUUGAUAUUCGUCUUUGAAACCGUGGGAAGGAGGGAAUCGGAAAUGUAUCGUGUGCAUACAACACAUUCCUGUAACCAUUCCUUUUAUGUUGUCCAUUCAUUUUGAGUUAAGUCUCCUGGAUAUUCUGUAUCUGUCAACUCUGUGGAAUCAAACAAUUUUAACUGUUCUAUUCUAGAACAUUCCAUAAUACGCUAUUCUUUUCAUUAAUCAAACACAACAAAAACUAAAUUGAACAGCUUUUAAUCCUAUGGCUUUAUUAAUAGAUCAUGGCUUCAGGCAAAAAAAAAUAUUUUGGAUAUUUUUUGUGUGUGUAUGUAAAUGUUUUCUAUGCAAUCAAGCACGGCAGAACAAAUAUGAUGUGCCAUGGAAACCUUCUCUGACUUAAAGUUAUUUUGUUGUGAAGGAUUUGAGAGAGUCAAGCCGAUAGAUCCACAUAAUGUAAUGUGAGGAUAGUUCUCCUUAGAACGUAUCAAAAACCCUCCCACUCUUACGUGCACUACAGCAACACUUGCCGGCUUUGUAGAACACAGGCCUACAUCGCUUUUUAAAGAUGCACAACUGCCUAAUGCUGUAGAUGAGAAGCAUUAAAUAUGGCAUAACAGUUUUGUAUUUAUUUAAUAAAUAAAAACCUAUAACUUUU